AUGGAGGGACGUUAUGUGGUUGUUCAUAUUCCUGGAAAUCAGAAGAUUCUUAGUCUUACUGAAGCUGGAGUCUAUGGGUAUUUGGCAGAAAAUCUGGCAGUAGAUGGAGCCGCUACACAAUCAUCAACAUCUGGGGACGGGUUUGCUGAAAAGGCCAUUGAUCGAGGUCUUCAGCAGUUGUACACAGGAUGUUCGUCAACCCUUAAUGAGACUAACCCGUGGUGGAGGCUGGAUCUGCAUCAUAUUUACCGAGUUAGUAAAGUAGUCACUAACAGAAAACACUGCUGUGCAGAACAAAUUAAUGGAGCUGAGAUUCGCAUCGGAAACUCUUUGGAGAACAACGGCAACAACAAUCCCAUAUGUGCUGUUAUUCCUGCUAUUCCAGCAGGAGAGUCCUACAGCUACUCAUGUAAUGGGAUGGAAGGACGUUAUGUGAAUCUGAUCAUUCCUGGAAACAUGAAGAUACUCACUCUCUGUGAGGUGAAGGUCUAUGGAGAAGAAAACGCAGCACUAUGGGGCAAAUCUAGUAAGUCAUCAGUUUACCCCAACUAUGUAUCUGGAUAUGCUAUUGAUGGUUUGUCCACCAGCUUUACACACACUAACCCAGAGACCAACCCGUGGUGGAGAGUGGAUCUACUGAAAGUAUACAGACUGAACAGAGUGACCAUCACUAACAGACCGACCAGCACUUCAAGGAUAAAUGGGGCAAUGAUUUGUGUCGGGAACUUCCUUGACAUUUUACAACAACACCAUAUGUGGUGCAGUUUCUACUCUUGCAGCUAAUGCCACGGCCACUUUCUCAUGCGGCGGGAUGGAGGGACGUUAUGUGGUUGUUCAUAUUCCUGGAGAUGAGAAGAUUCUUAGUCUUACUGAAGCUGGAGUCUACAGAAGCUGUUUCACUCGGAUAUACGUCACAAUAGGGGAGAAAAGACUCCAUAAAACAUAUAAAACUCACACUCUCCAUCCUAAAAGAAAGACAGACGCCUUUAAUCAACCAUGAAGAAGCUCUUCAAGUGCCUGUGGAUCUUACUGGAUCUGCUUUACAAGACAAAUCAAAUGUGAAAUCAGUGCUCACUUGUGAAUUCCUCCAGCAGGUGGAACCAUUUACUUUCUCCUGUGAUUAUAAAGGACUCAUACAGAGAUGUGAGCAGGAGUCUGGUGCAGCACCUCAUUUUUCAAGACAUGUCAGGCUGAAAAUGAAUCCAUGCCAUCCAGACUGGGAAGUUUUGCAUGUAAAAAGGAAAACCAAAGUGAAAGAUCCAGCCAAAGGAUAGAGGCCAUGUAAAGUGAACCCCAAAUCUACGCAAAAGAAACACAGAAAAGAGCAAAAAUGGCUUAAGAGGCCUGAAGGAUUUCCAUAGCUAACAUUACAGGUUCACAUACUUGGUCACAGAAAGUCUUCCACUUUGUGAAUCAAUCCAAGACGUUUGACGAGACAAUUACAUUGAUCUGGUGACUCUAUCGGACCAGGCAAACAUAGAGGAGCUUUUUGCACUGGAAAACUUCACUUAUACAGAAUCCGCCUGGAUUGGACUGAAGAAAACACACAGUAAGCAGUGGCACUGGGCUCUGGCUGAUGAAAAGCUUUACAAGGAAGGAGAAGCUGGAUACAGAAACUGGGCAGCUAAUGAAGAAGAGGUUGUUAUAGAGUAUGAAGACUGUGGAGUGAUGGGUGCCGAUGGGCAGUUCUAUGACACCUAUUGUUUUCCUACCAGAUAUUUCUUGUGCUACGAUGAUCAGGAAUACAAUAACCAGACAUACUUCUUCAUUAAUGAGCAAAAGUCGUCAUGGAGAGAAGCUCAGAGUUAUUGCAGACAGUUUCACACAGAUCUGGUCAGUGUGAGGAACCGGGCUGAGAAUGUUCAGAUCCAGCAGAUGAUUCCUGCAGGACAUUUAGCAUAUAUCAGCCUUUUCAAAGACGCUUACGUCUGGUCUGAUAACAGCACAUCUUCAUUCAGAAACUGGCACUCUGCUCAACCGGAUGGAUCAGGAGGAUGUGUGGCACAACAAUUACAAGAUCCCAGACUGUGGGAUGAUCAGAAGUGCAGCAGUCACAAGCCGUUCUUCUGUUCCACCUUGAUGAAGAAGAGGCAGAUUUUGAAAAUCGAAGUGAAAUCUCAUCAGGACGUGUCCAACCUUCGAAUGCAAGCGGCCAUCUUGGCAAAGCUGAAGCAGAGACUGGUGGAGCUGGGAAUGGCAUACGACACCAUACUGGAAUGGAGCCUUCUGCCCUGCGGGCGGGUUUGACUGAGAUGACGGGAAACCAAUCCACGUUUGAUCAGGAAUCUGGACUUUCAGAACUGAAACUCCCAAUCCAAAUUUCCCUGCCUUGUGACGUCUCAGACAAGCCGAAAGAAAAUCAGUCAUCGUUGACUGUAAAACCACUCCAUCAUCCUGCUGUGACAGAAGCUGCUGAUCCAGAACGUACGGAUUUCACAGGACAGGACAGAGCAAUAUACAUUUUUAUAAGGGCUUCUCUGUGAGAUGAUGAAGAUCAUUGAGGGCUGGCUGUUAUUAUUAGGGCUGUUUUCUGUUCAGGAGCAUGCAGAUGGCACUAAAGAGAAUCUGGCACUAAGAGGAACUGCCACUCACUCAUCCACAUACAAUGCUCAGUCCGCGGAUCACGCCAUCGACGGUGGGAAGAAUUUCUCUAAGUCUUCUAGUUCGUGUGCUGUAACCCAUUUUGGGAGCAACCCGUGGUGGAGGCUGGAUCUUCAGGCUUCGUAUCGGGUGAACACCAUAGUCGUCACUUACAGAGAAGACUGCUGUGCUGGUAGAUGGAAUAAUGUUGAGAUUCACUUUGGAAACUCUCUGCAGAAUGACGGAAACGACAAUCCCAGAUGUGCCGUGAUCUCAUUUGAUUCAACAACCAGCAGCGUCACCUACUCCUGCGCUGAUAUGCAGGGACGAUAUGUGAACAUCCUCAUUCGUGAAUGGUGGACCUACCUCCCGGUGUGCGAGGUGGAAGUAUAUGAGUCAGAUUCUGCAAGACGUUUGUUUAUGAAAAUAGCAUUUAACUCCAGCGCCGAUCUGACCGACCCAACAGUAACAGACCAAGUGCUUAAAGAGUUGACGUCAGUGCUGGCUGUGAGAGGAAUCAGCAAUGUAACGCUGAGCUGGUCUCAAACACCCGAAGAAGAAGUGAUCCAAAGACAAGUCGAAAAUGAUCCCUGCUGAAGCAGAUCUCUGGAGACUCUCAGAGGACGAACAGCCAUCAUGAGUUUCACUAUAUUCAUCAUGCAUGUCAGUUAUUCAUACAGCACCUGUCACUUAUCCACACACACACACACACACACACACACACACACAUACACACACACACAUAUAUAUUUUCUUGUAGAUUCAGUAUUUGAAAUACAUGAUGGGUAAAGAAGUUUUCUGCAAAUCUCAGUAAAACAUCCUUUCCAGGUUUCAUUUUACUCAUAAUGUUACAUAACUGUUACAACUAUUAUUCUAAUGAAAAUGUAGUGAUGAAUUUUGACAAAAAAAGUGAUAGUAUAUGUUAAAAUAGUGAUUUUAUUAAGACUAAAUGUGAAUUAUAGAACAACAUUAGUGAGUAGUAUGACAAAAUUACUAUUUUAAACAGCAGGUGGCAGCAGAGCACCUCUUAUUGGCUCACUUUCAUUAACUUUCAUUUUAAAAGUGUCUGUUUUGUGGUAAGUUUAUUUUCCAUGUUAACUCCAUUAAUUAAACAUGCUUACACACACAUUUUGUUGCAGAUAUUGAUAUUUGAAAUCAAUAAUGAGGUAAGAAAAUGCCGAUUCCAGGUUCCCCCUUCAUCAUUUUCAGGUCAAUGUAAUUUCAAUGUAAUUUCAAUUUCAUUUCAAUGUAAUUGUAAUGUUAUAUUAUUGCAAAAAUAUACAACAAAUGAACAAAUAAAGUGG